GAGGGGACAAGACUGACUGGGUGAUGCACGAGUACCGGCUGACAGAGGAUGCGCCUGAAGUUGGACCAGCUGCCACAGACAAGGCACCUGCUGUAACUGUAUCAGCCAGAUCGGAUCCAGAAGCAGCUGCUGCAUACGCACCUGCUACGCAUGAAAGCAUCACAGCUGGUGUUGAUGCAGCAAGUGGUGCUGAUAAAGACAGAAACAGCAGCAGAAAAGGUGAAGCGACCAACCCAUACACCAGGGGUACGGGUGGUGCAGCUGGUGGUUUGGCCAGCAGCACCAGCAGCCCCGAAGCCAACAGCCCAGAGCUUCAUCUGUUUUUUGAAAAUUCUCAAAAAACAGAUCCAGCGACUAACCCAGACACCAGAUUUACGGUUGGUGCAGCUGGUGGUUUGGCCGGCAGCAGCAGCAGCAGCAGCCCCGAAGGCAACAUCCCAGAGCUUCAAGCUGGCAUUGGUCAAAGGAUUGACGCAGCGUCGUGGGUGGUUGUGCGGGUGCUCAAGCGAAGCUCCCUGACAGCUGAGGAGCAAGCAAUGGUGGCACAGCAGGGGAUGGCAGCCACAGCAGAGGAUGGCAGCACAGCAGGGGAUGGCAGCACAACAGGGGAUGGCAGCACAGCAGGGGAUGGCAGUACAGCAACAGGGAGGGCUGCCUAUACUGGGUGUGAAUCCGUGGCUCUUAGUGCAGAAAGGGAGCGGAGCAGAGCAGCAUCCAGAAAAGGAGCGGAGCAGAGAAGCUACCAGGUGACACUGGGGGGGCUGGGAGCACAGGUGGUGCUAGAGGCUCAAGUGGCGCUAGUGGUUCAGCUGGUGCGAGGGGCUCAGGUGGUGCUGGUGGCUCAAAACAGGGGUGAUUCACCCUCAGACAACUCAAAAGGACACCAGUCAGUCAGUCACUUGCUGAACUCCUCGUGCGAGAUGCCUGUAGAUAUGCCGCGCAGCAGUGCAGCGAGCCGAGCGACAGCGGUGAUUCUAGAGUCGACUCAAACGUCGGCGGAGGAGGAAAAGGCAGCAAUAGCUCCGGUGGUAGCGGCAACAGGAGAAGCAGCGGGAGCCGCAGAAGCACCAGUAGUGAUGGAGGUAGCGGGAACAGGAGGAGCAGUGGGAGCAGCCGUGGGAGCAGCAAGGGGAGCUGGUAACCUCUCUGCACAUCUAGCGAUGCUCACAUUGAAGUUGAACCAAAGGUGGAGCCUGUCGGAGUAUGGCCGACGCUGCAAGUCGGUAUGUGCACAGGGGAGGAGCACCCAACUGGUAGUGCUGGCUCAGAUGAGGUGGGCAACAGAGCAGCAGGUGAAGGGAUCCGUCAGAAGGAUAUGCACCUACUGGCGGAUCUUCUCAGAUAUCUCUUAG